AUGAUGCAGGACUCGGCGGCCGCAGCCCCAUUCCAAGCGGCGGCCACGAAGUCUCAGAUUCCGGAACCUGAGGAGAAGCUGCGAUGCCCAAGGUGCGACUCCACCAACACCAAGUUCUGCUACUACAACAACUACAACCUCUCCCAGCCGCGCCACUUCUGCAAGAGCUGCCGCCGCUACUGGACCAAAGGCGGCGCCCUUCGGAACGUUCCCAUCGGCGGUGGCACCCGCAAGAGCUCCAAGCGCUCCAAAACCUCCUCCUCCUCCUCUUCUGCUUCCAGUUCCAAGAGCUCCAGUCCCCCUAAACCCGGCCUUUCCCCGUCUGGACACGCACAACCUGAGGCCAUCUCCGUUAUGCUCCCACCCCUCGACGCGGACUACCGAUUGCUCGAUACCAGUGGAAGUUUCAUCUCGCUUUUGGCAUCGAGUGGACACUUCGGAGGCCUCUUGAAUAGCUUCCUUCCGGGGGAUGGCGCCUCUGCUGCGGUGCGGAAUCCCAGUACUGUGAGCAGUUCAGGCGUCGAUGGCCAUGAAUGGGAAUUACAGAACUUCACUGGCAGCAGUGGCUAUGAGAGCAUAGCUGCGACAUUGUCAACUGAGAACUUGAGCUUGCAAGUUGAUUCUGAAUGCUGGGCUGGAGCAUGGCCUGAUCUCUCCAUCUACAAUCCAGGCUCAAAUUUCCUCUGAAAAGAUCACCUUAAAGCCUUGUAGCAAUGUAUUAUUAAUAGGAAGGUGGAACUGAAAAAGAUCACCUUUUUAUUCUUCUUCUUCCUUGUCACAGGUAACUGAACUGCUUAUGAUACAUAUCAUGCUUAAUGGUAUAGUUAGCAUAUAGUUUUUUAGAA